UGGACAACAGUAGGCCGGGAAUCUGCGAAAUAUUUCAAAUCUAAAUUUUUUCUCGCCGAAGAAAGAGGUUCUGCCAUAUAUUUUUGAAAAUGUUACAAUUGUUUAAAACAACCCUUAAAUCCGCCGUCAUAGUGGCCCAACAUAAGAAAUUUGCUAGUUAUACACGGGUGUGCCGAGCGCGAAAUUAUUCUACUCAAACAGAUCCGACUUGCGCAAGAGUUUCGAAAGGCCUGGUGAUCGGUUUGUAUGAAAAAUGUGACUCAGGAGAUCCAUUCACUCUUUCGACAAUCGGACGACAAAUCAAUGAACACUGCCACGGUCAAUUAACGGAAGCGAUUCAAACGUUUGGUUUAAGUGGCGUCGUCGGUCAGUUUGCAACUUUCAACAAUAUUUAUCCGGAUUAUUCGACGAUUUGUGUGGUCGGACUCGGGCCGAGUGGUCAGGGAUUGAAUACAGCCGAGUCCAUAGUUGAACCAUUGGAAAAUGUACGAAUUGCAGCCGGAAGAGGGUUUAAAGCAUUGGAGGAACAGGGCUGUACGCAUAUUUAUCUGGAUUCAAUGAACCAUCCAGAACAAGCGGCCGAAGGAGCAAGCUUGGCCAGUUUUAAAUUCCAAAUGAACAAAAUUCAGUCUGAGAAAAAGCCCGUCCCGAAACUGGAACUGUUCGAUCAAAGUGAUAUUGAGGCAUGGACAUGCGGAAUGAUCAAAGCAGAAGCACAAAAUCGUUCGCGUUACAUGUGUGAGGUGCCAGCAUGUCAGAUGACACCAAUUGAUUUUGCUGACGCAACAGUUGAUAUGCUCGAUCCAUGUGGUGUAACAGUCAAUGUGAGAAACAUGGAGUGGCUGGAAUCAAUGCAAUUUGGAGCGAUGUUAGCCGUUGCGAAGACUUCAUGUGAGCCGCCAGUGUUUCUGGAAAUAUUUUACAGAGGUGGACACUCUGACCAAAAACCCGUAUGUCUGAUUGGAGAAGGACUGACAUUCAACAGCGGAGGAUUGAGCAUUAAAAGUACCAAGGAACUAGAGAAAACUGGAAAAUGUUCAAUGUCUGGUGCUGCGACAGUAGUGUCCGUGAUAAGGGCAGCUUCAAUUUUAGGUCUACCGAUAAACGUUGUCGGUCUGGUUCCUUUAUGCGAGAACAUGCCAUCAGGGAUGGCCUUUAAGCCUCGCGACAUAGUACGAUGUGCGAAUGGAUUGACUUUGGCAAUAAGCGAUCCCCGAAAUGCUGGCGUUUUAUUGCUGGCUGAUUCAAUGGUGCACGCCAAUAAAACUUACAAGCCCAAAUUCAUUAUGACAUUGUCUACCUCAACUUGCCACAUCGAAAACGUUUUGGGUGGUGCAGCUGCUGGAGUAUUUUGUAAUCAAUCGUGUCUGUGGGAAGAGAUUCAGAAAGCUGGACAAAUAACUGGCGACCGAGUGUGGCAAUUGCCAUUCUGGAAAUACUACAAUCGUCAAGUGGUAGACCAUCAUAACGCUAACAUUUCGAACGAAGGCAUGGGUCGGGGACGGAGUUGCAUAAAUGCAGCAUUUUUGACCAAUUUCAACAAACAAACCGAUUUUGCUCACUUGGAUCUGGGAGGAAAUGGCUUUGCAGUCAACAAUAACUUGAUUGGAUAUUUGGAGAAGAAUCGUAUGUCUGGUCGACCGACUCGAACAAUCUUGCAGUUGUUGUGCCAAGUGGCCGGUAAUCGAACCGAAAAAUCUGAAUAAAUGCGAUUGUCCCUGAA